CCCACCCCCCCCCCCCUCCCCUCUUCAAACCACACUCUUCCACACAACCCCACCACACCUGGGAAAGUGAGGGUGUCAUUCUUUUAAUUCUGGUGCUUCUGGUGAACCACAUCUUGUACCGCAGCCAGGUUCCAGAGUGAAAGGCCCGGCCUGUCCGUUUUUUCUUUGCUGUAAAACCACCGGUUCAUCGCCUGUCUCUUCAUCCAUCAUAUCAAACUGUUCCCCUGAGUAUCCUGCUGUCAUUCAGACGUGGUUCACUACGCGUUUCCUGACGGAUAUCCGACUUGGAUCCCUUGGCUCCCUUCUAUUCGGUGCUAUCUCCCCAGAAGCUCGCCUUGAUGAGUGCGUCGACGUUUUCGGACGCUUCCCUGGCCCGCGACUCUCAGAGCUCGGACUUUGACUUGAUCGUUCGCCAGCAGCCCACCCGGGCGCGCGUGGCUGGUGGGAAGGAAAAAGAACGCAAGCCAGUUGAUCCGCCUCCAAUCGUGCAGAUUCGUGUCAGAGAAGAGGGGACGUAUCUCGCGCAGCACUACCUCCAGAGUCCCUAUUAUUUUAUGUGCUGCAGUCUCUACGAUGCUUCGGAAGAUAAUCCAGUUCCCGUGGCACCAUCCACUGCACUAACUGGUACCCUGGUUUCCUCGCUUCACCGGUUGAAGGACGUGGACAAUAGCGAUGGGGGAUUCUUCGUGUGGGGAGAUUUGUCUGUGAAGAUUGAGGGUGACUUCCGACUCAAGUUUACUCUGUUCGAAAUGCGCAAGGACAUUGUGACCUACUUAAAAUCCAUCAUCACGGAACGUUUCACGGUUUUUCCUCCCAAGAGCUUCCCGGGAAUGGGAGAGUCAACGUUUCUGUCUCGAUCGUUUGCAGACCAGGGAGUCAAGUUGAGAAUUCGAAAAGAACCGCGGACGCUCAUAAAGCGGCCACCACCUCGACCAGAGGACUAUCCUCAGCCGAUUCCACGUUCUCCAGAUCGAUCGUCGAUCCAAAUGUCUGGCAAUGCAUUCAGCGGGUACCCGCAAACAGCAAGCAGGGACUAUGCGUCAUACUACGGAGCAGCACAUCCAACCAAGCGAGCACGAAUGUCGUCAAUUGACAUGGGCACUAGAGGCGUCUACGAUGCAGAUGGCCGACUUCGCCAGGUGGAUGCGUACCCGCAGACAGCAAUAUACAACCAAGCUGGGGGCUAUCCGGCUUCUAUGAUGCAGGGCUAUCCUACGGGGCAUACAGGGGUUCCGGACUACACGAUGAGCUACGGAAUUCCAGCGUCCGCUCAGGUGCCCCAGAUGCAGGAUCCAAGCGUCCACGGUCGAUCCAGCCAGCAGGCAACAAUGCAGACUCUUGGGAUAGUAAAUCAGCCUGGCACUCCGACAGCGGAUGCAACGGGAGCAAUGAUGCCUCAAGGUUAUCCUCGAACCCAGCAGUAUCAGACCAGCUCGACGAUCCUCCCUCCUCUGCAGCGGAAUCGCAACUUUCCCCAAGGAACCAAUGGGGCGACGGCUCGAGGCUACUUUGAUCAAUCAUCUCAAGCGGCUACACCCAUCCUACCGUCGCAGCCCAUGGGUACAAAUGAAGCAGAUCGAUACGGUUCUGCGCCUGGCCAGGCCACUUUCGACCAUCCCGGCUCAGCGAAUGGGACCCCCCGAUGAGCGAAUUAACGUCCAGAUGUAUGUGUUCUGAUAUUGACGGUUUGCUUUACUUUCUGCUUUGCUGUUCAUUGCUUGUUCUGGGUUUCUUGGAUAGACAUCCGGUCGGUGUUACUUCAUGGGAACUGAAAUCGGCGGCUCUGGGGGAUACAUGGCGCCUGGGGAAUUAAAAUGGGUCACCAGGGACUUGAUUGCUACGUCUCUUGCUUUUUCCCUCCUCUUGGCUCCGGGGUCACGGUUGCAAGGGAGGGGCUUACUGACUUCGCUGUAUAUAUUAUUAUUUUGGACCUGGUUGCGAUAUGACCUGAGGCGGGC